CUCUGAUUGUUUCCUCCACAGUCCUCUUGAAAGAAUUUCAACCUCUCUGUACACCCAUUUAUGUAUGGGAGAUCCAUUUUUGACUUCUUUUUCCCAAAAAUCUAUAGUAAAAAAAGCGCCUAGCUCUCGAACCUUUAGAAGAGCAUCUAUUUAUUGUGUGGCGUCGUGUCCAUUUCAAUCUAAAUAAAUUAAUCUGUUGCGAAUGGUGCGUGGAUAAAUAUUCUAGAACUAGCUAAAGGUAGGCUAAGAUGGGCGGUAGCAACAACUACGACGACUUCGUAGAUGUGUCCGAUGGGGAGGGCGGCGAAAGUUCCUCGGAUGAUGAGAUUCGGGAAACGCGAAGAAGUAUGGCGUUCUCAAACGUAUACAUUCUCAAGUGUUACAUGAAUUUCUAAUGCAAGAAUGCCAUCAGACACGCCGCCAUCAAGCUAUUUCGCAUGACAAAUUCUCUUCAAAGGGCUAAACUUAAACAGCGCUAAAAUCUGUGCCGACUUUGUAAUGCGAAAGGUGCAACAAGCUUGCCCCUUUCAGUAUUUCUGUUCUUGCAACACAAAUUCAUGUAACAUUUGAGAAUGUAACAGUUGAGAACGCCAUAAGAAGAAACGCCGAGUUGGAAGACUCUGACGACGAGAACGAAAACAAAGAGGACCCUUUUUUUUUCGAAAACAACUCUUUUCGGCAACAGGACGACUACGAUGCCGGACUCGAGAAGGAGCUGCAUAGAAGUACAUCAGGAACAAAUUCAAAUAAAAGGACCAAUCCCGACGACCAGAUCAACUCGAGCCAGAACAGACGCGGAGGCGCAGCUGAUAAUAAAAACUUUGGCGCAAACAAUUCUACCUUUUGGGACCCAAUUGAGGAGGAGAAGGAGAAAAAGCGCAGAAAGAAGGAGGAAAAACUUCUGCACGAGAAGCACACUUCGGGCAUUGGGGAGGGGAAGAAAGUGAUGCUGCACGGGUUGCUGAACGCAAAGCAUUUGAACGGAGUCAUGUAUGAAUUGUAAAAGUAUCGUACUAGUAUGAAGAACUGCAAUACAAAUUGUCUCAGCAUUACUAAUUUAAUUUGUAAUACGGAUUUACGAACUAGACUUGUAAUGCAUAAACUGCAAUUACUACGAAUGCGAUGCUUUUGCACAGGAUAUCAUGGGCUACGUCGCAAAGGACGUGAUGCUGAACGGCGAGGAUCUUCACAUGACAAACGGUACUAGCAACCAACAGGAACAACAAAAUCGCGUUUCCGUCCUUUUGAUGACCGCGAACCACGAGGAGAAGAUAUUACAGUGAAAAAUGCCCCCACGACCCCCAAAGUUGCAAUAAUUUGUGAUGCGAAGUUUCCAAAUGGAAGCCUCUUGUCAUGCAUGAAAGGAGCAUGAGUCUUUCUGAUGCAGGGUCUCGGCGUAUUAUAUAGCAUCGCUUGCAUGACAAGCGCCGCUUUUGCUGGGGUCUUUUGCAAUGCAAGUUUUUGCUUUUCACGACUGAAAAUAAGCUGUGAUGCUGAUAGAUGCAAGAGGGCGGGCGUUUCAUUUGGAAAGGUUUGCAAUACAAAUGCUCCCAGGUUCCGGGGCGGUGGGGUCAUUUUUCAUUGCAAUAGAAGAAGAUUUUUCCGAAAAAUUUACUAGAAAUCCACACGGAUUCCAUCGGGCGGCUGAGGAACCUGGUCAGUGCGCACAACCUGAACGGUAUCGCGAGAAAAAAAUGUUUCACUGUGAACUUGUGAUGCAUAGAAUGGAACACAGAACUGUUUGUCUUGCUACACCUGCAAGACCUUGACUCUUUAGGGGUGUUUUCCCUUUGACAGCGCGCAUGGCAAAUUUUCUGUGUCAUGUGUAAGAAACUUGUGAGGCAGAUCCUGCAAAAUCAUCACAGUGAAAAAGUUUUUUCGUGGGAUAGACGGGCUCCUCGUGCAGGUCGGAAAAUUCGACCUGCAGACGGCACGGUACGAGGUAUUGGUACUGCCGCACGCGGAAAAAACCAUCGAACUGUGCGUCAAGAAAAUCAAGCCCGAAAAUAUCGAAAUCGUAAGGAAAUACGACGCGGUGCUGCUUCCGAAAUUUCGAAGGCAGGAGCAGGUGAAGGGGAAAAAUGCCCCGACUACAGCAACCACAACUUCCACCACCACUCCCCACAAAAUCACCGUCUCGCCGGGGUUCGUCGAAACAGAGAUCGACGGGAAAAUUUCCAACACAAAGUCUAUCGCGGUGGAGCUGAAGCCGAAGUGCGUGAAGAUCCUGGAGCAAAUGGAAAAGAUCGGGUUGCCCCUGCCGCAAUUGGUGCGGUUGGAAGAUUUGAAGAAAGCAACCCUGCCCUCCUCGGAACAGAAAGAAGGCUCGCCACCCGCCGCCUUCUUCCUCGACACGGUCCAAACGGUUUCGAGCCGAAAUUUGAUAAAACAGGCCGCGGAAGAGCAACACGCUAGCACUAGAACUACAGGUGCUGUUGAUACAAAAACCGGAAGUCACCAGAUCCGUAUUGUCGGUGUCAGUCUGCCGAGGUACGAGGUGUGCGCCAUCCAGAAACCCACGAAGGAGGAAGACGUCGCUGGUUUGAAAGCGAUUUUUCACGACCUCUGCACCGAAUACGAAAAGGCCUGCGGCAUUUUCACAACCUCCACAACGGAACAAAACAGCAACGUGUUUUUCUUUUUCCCGCACCUGGCCGUCAAGCCAUUUCCGCUGCUGAAGCAGCUGCUGUGUCAAUACUACCCCUGUUUCCUCCCCAAACUCUGCACGGAGGUGAUCGCCUUGGGGGUGCAGCCGUGUUCUACUUCAUCUGCUGCAACUACGGAGCCGACGAACAACAAGUCGCUGACCCAGCUCCUUUCGUGUGCGUGGGUGCGCCUGGAUUUGCUGCUUUUAUCAAAUGCAAAAGUGUCUGGGUCUGGAAGAUUUCUAGACUUGUCAUGCAGGUUUUGCAUGAGUCUUGAUGUCUGUGAUGCGUGCCCUAGCAGCACAGAUUUUUUGAGGGCUUCUUGAUGCCUAUUCCGCAUUACAAAUGCCAUUUCCGCGUAGCAAAAAUCACAUUCCCUUUGCUGCUCAUGCAAUACAGAUUUUUUUGCAAUUUAAAUGCAGCAUCACAAGUUCCAAUCUUCCAGACCCAGACAUUUUUACAUUUGAUAGCUUUGCCAGUACUACAAUGUCACGGUAUACUUCGUGAAAGAGAAGAAGCACAACCAGACGCUGAACAAAGUAGAUGAAACCUCAACCAAAGCUCCUUCUCCUAUCCGCUUCAACCUCGACAGUGCGAAUUUUCUCUUUUCCGAGACUAUCAAAUGCAAAAAUGUCUGGGUUAGGAAGAAUGCAAGUUUGUCAUGCUUGUCUGGCAUGAUUCGAGAAUCUGUGUUGCAUAGGCACGAAAAGACCCUCUUACCUGUCAUGCAAAAACGCAGUUUGCCAUGCGGAAUACGUAAGACAUGGCAGCCAAAAAAAUUGUGAUGCAUAGCUGCGUAUUGCAGUCCGGCUAUCAUCCACUUUUUGCAUCACAAGUUUCCAGACCCAGACAUAUUUGCAAUCCAUAGAGACGUCGCUGAAGCAACACGUGAAAAGCCCGACCAGCGGCAUGGUGGUCAGCGGGAGUUUAUGCAUUGCAAAUAUGUCUGGGUCUGGAAACUUGUGAUGCUAACUUAUGAAUUGUGGGGACACUGAAAUAAGCUGCGACCACGCAUGACAACUUUCUGGGCUCUCUUGUGUUUCGCUUCCCCUUCCCGAAUGAUAAGCUACAUUUUUGCAUGACAGGCAAGAGGCUCUUGUUUUCCUGCUCACGCAUUACAGGUUCAAGAGUCAUGCGAGACAAGCAUGACAAGCUUGCACUCUUCCAGACCCAGACAUAUUUGCAUUGGAUAGAGUUACGGCAGUUUGAACCCCGUCUUCGGCACGUUUUUGAGCGGGAGCGCGAACAACACAUCAACGCCUGGUGGGUCUUUCAUGGAGAAAAAAGCGGUGGCGGAAUACGCCAGCUGGUGCUUCGACGCGGUUUGCAGUAGGGGCGCUGGUAGCAACUUGGAGCCCACAGUUGCAGUGGAGAUGUGGGAGUUGUGACAGAAGAUUUAUUGUUCUCAUGGAUCAUAAACCAGAGCAACAUGAUCACCUUCAUGAUAAACAACAAACCUUUAAAAAAACCUUCGCAAACUGCAACCCGCCUUACCUGCAAGCAGGUGAGGAGUUCUGUUCUGGAAGAAAAGAUUAAGAGCGAUAAACUCGAGCGUCGAGGGCUUUUUUGUGGAGCGAGCUCGCUGUUGCC